UUUUUACCCUUGAGUCUGUUCUUCCUCAAUAACAGUAUGUGUUCUGGGAAAAGAACAAACCUAGGUGAUCUGAGUUUGUUCUUAAUCUGAGAACAGAAGCGAGGUCUGUUCUCAAAAGAACAGAUCGCGACAUCAUAAAAAGUUAAGGAACAAAAUGGAAUUUGUGGUACAAAUGAAAGUGUUUUACAGAAGAAGAAGAAAUUGAAACCGAAAAUAAUAGGAGGGGAGAUGGUAAACAGCAGAAGCUAUCAUUCUCACAUGAAAACUUCAUCAUCAGGCGGUAGAUUUAGAUUUGUGACGAAAAAAGCUUCUCCUUUUUCUAUUUGUCUCUACAUAAUUCUUCUUUUUGCCUUGUCACUCUUCAUUUUUGUUAUCAACAACACAAGGGUCAUUUUGGAAAACGAAUCCGAACCUCACUUAACUCAAUUUCACAAUCAAUCUCAUUCUCAUCAGGUUCCUGAUGAACAAUUGUGGGGCACACCUCUCUAUAAUGGUUUACAUCCUUGUGUCAAUCCUACGGUCAAAUAUAAAGCUGCCAAAGGACAGGACAACUACAUAACUGUGAGAAGCAAUGGAGGACUAAAUCAAAUGCGCACUGGAAUUUCGGACAUGGUGGCUGUUGCACACAUCAUGAAUGCAACAUUAGUCAUUCCCCAGUUGGAUAAGCGUUCAUUCUGGCAAGACUCGAGUGCAUUUUCCGAUGUAUUUGAUGAGCUUCACUUCAUUGAAAGCUUAUCCAAUGAUGUAAGGAUUGUUAAGGAACUGCCCAAAGAAUUGGAGUCUGUUCCUCGGGCUAGGAAACAUUUCACUUCCUGGUCUAGCAUGGGUUACUAUGAAGACAUGACUCACUUAUGGAAGGAAGUUAAGGUAAUACAUGUUCCAAAAUCUGAUUCUCGCCUUGCAAACAAUGAUUUGCCUCUUGAUAUCCAGAGGUUAAGGUGCCGGGCUCUAUAUGAUGCUCUUCGCUUCUCUCCUCCAAUUGAGAGCCUGGGAAAGAAGCUGGUGGAGCAGCUGAGAUCACGUGGGGAAAGAUAUAUUGCACUUCAUCUAAGAUAUGAGAAGGACAUGCUUUCUUUCACUGGAUGCGAUUAUGGUCUGACCGAGGCAGAAUCUGAGGAGCUGCGACUAAUGAGGGUGAAUGUAAACCACUGGAAAGUUAAAAAGAUAAACUCAACAGAACAAAGAGAGGAAGGAUUUUGUCCUUUGACUCCAAAAGAAGUGGGAAUAUUUCUUCAAGCUCUCGGUUAUUCUGCAUCAACAGUAAUCUACAUUGCAGCUGGGGAAAUUUAUGGCGGUGAAUCUCACCUUUCAGAGCUUAAAGCUCGCUUCCCAAAUACUGUUCUCAAGGAAACAUUAGCAACGCCAGAAGAGUUAAAAGCAUUUGCUAAGCAUGCCUCUCAGAUGGCAGCACUUGAUUACAUUAUUUCGAUAGAAAGUGAUGUUUUUAUUCCAUCACAUUCAGGUAAUAUGGCCAGAGCUGUCGAGGGCCAUAGGAGAUUCUUAGGGCAUCGCAAAACAAUCAUCCCCGAGAGAAAAGGACUUGUCACACUAUUUGAUAAGCUAGAGAGUGGACAGAUGACAGAAGGGUCCGCAUUUUCAAGCAUCGUGCAGGAGAUGCACAAGAACAGGCAAGGAGCUCCGAGGAAAAGAAAAGGUCCAUUGGCAGGUAUAAAAGGUCGAGCACGUUUCAGGACUGAAGAAUCAUUUUAUGAGAAUCCAUAUCCUGAAUGUAUCUGUAGAUCAAAAAAGGGCAGUUUGUGAUCUGGUCCGGAAAACCAGCUUGUGCUUUUUGAGGUGAGGGAUCAUCCAACUUGGUUGCCCAGGUCGAAAUUGGCGGAGCCUAACAAGUAAUCAGUUUAUAGAUCGACCACCAGGAGGUUGAUGACACUGCAAUUUGGGAGUUUCACAGCCUUAUAAAUUAGAAGAUGAGACAUGGAACAAAUAAGUGUAACAUUUCUUGUAUAUUUUUUUUAUUAUGAUAUAUGAAAACCUAUACAAUCAAUUAUUAGUAGUUUCUAUGGAAAGCAGGAUGAUAUUAUGAGAA